AUGGUAAUCAUGGAAAAAUCGGUGUUAAUCGUUCGUCUAUCAGCAAUGACGUACUAUGUUUUUCAUGAAGGGAAAAUGAAAUGUCUCAUUGAUGACAUGGUAUUUUUCACGAAAUCUUAUCAUUACAGAAUGUCAAAUGACCCCAACAUUGAUCCUGGAGGACAAGGGUUGGCGGCGUCCGAUGUGAACGUCUACUUCCCUGAACAUGAUCAACCGGGGACAAGUAGAGAUGUGGUCACGCAACCACAAGGUCCUUUUCCACAAUAUAUGGUAACAGAUGAUAAUAUGUGGAUACAGCCUAUAACGGAACAGGUUUACGAAGAUGAAUAUGGAAAUUAUCGUGAAAUACGUGAUAUUGAUCAGCAACCUGGUCAGAUUGAGGAGGUGUACCUUCUCCCUGAUGAGGAACGAGACGUAGAAUUGAUGAGAAGUGGCGUCGGAAGCUUACAAGUUGCAGCUCAUGAAGUCGUUGUUGACGAGAUGUUAGGGACGUCUGUAGAACCUGAGCAGUAUAUCCAGCAAGUACCCGGAGGGCCAGUUCUUAGGAGCUAUACCCGAUCGUAUGUGCAACCUGCAACCCGACAAACUGUUCGUCAAGCUCAGUCCCAACCGAUGAUGACGGUUCCUGGACCAGCUCGUGUACGAUAUAUCGUUCAACAUACAUCCCAAACAGUCGAAAUAGAACAGGAUCAGCCCAUACAGUAUGACGUGAGGCCGAUGGCCAUGUUUGAGGGACCAUCAAAUCAGGCUUUGAUACCGCAACAGCAAACCACUCGACGUGUUCCCAAUCUACGAUCGAGGUCUAAAUCACAACCUCGGCGAUCGUUAUAUGGAGAACUAGAGGAUGAUUCGCUCGCUUAUCUAGUUCAGGAGCACGAUGAAGGAGAUUGGGAUGGUGUGCAGUUAGAAGAUCAUGAAUACUUUAUCGGAGGCCAACAAGAACGGGAAGCGAUCCUGAACUCGAACGAUGAUGAGCUCUCGCAAUCGGCCCUACCCCCUCCACGGAUCAUCCAACGUCCAUAUUUUCCACCGAAUCUAUCGCCUACAGAGAAGAAAGAGUAUCUAUUUAUCAAUUAUAAGAAGGCUUGCGAUCGGUACUUCCCGUUCGCAAAUGUUGCUGUUUUGGAAGCAGACACGAGAUAUAAGCCAGUUGAAGCCUUCGCCAGUGACCUGUAUCGGUUUCAUUCGAGAGGAGCCCAUAUUCAUGGAUUCUUCCGAACGGUAAUCGAUGUACGGGAUCGUCCUAGUCAUGAUCAGACACGAUACAUACAAGACAUCCAGUUCGGGAAGGUAUUCCCACUGUUCCCGGAUUAUGAUGAAUGGGACGAUAAAAUGCGCGAGGAGUUUCGCCAAUUGUCGAAUAGGUUGAUGCGUAUUUUUGAAAGAAAAUGUUUCUAUGCGCAAUCUGGUGGAAGUCAUGGAAAAGCGCCGGUUGUCAAACGAGGUCGAAAAGCUACACCGAAACCUCCACCUAACUAUGCUGAGGAGCAAAAGGUUCAGGCCGCGGGGAUACCUAAAGGCUUCCAACCUUUGAGAGCUGCAUAUAGUCAGUCGAAGCCAGGUCCUUCAAAACAUACAGUGCCCCCAGCAGCCGUUGUUGUACAUCCAGGCUCAUCUACUUCAAGAUUAGUGUCAGUGAAUGAUGAGACCACUUUGAAUGAGUCAAUCGCUGUUCCACAAGAAGUUGGUGCUCCUCGAGUUGAAGUAUUUGAGCACAACAAAAGGGUAGAUAUGAAGCGAGUCGUGAACGAUGCCUUUGUUAGUCGUGAGGCGAUCCCAGCACAAUAUCAGGAGGUCCCAUCAUCAGAGUCAUCCGAUCCACGCUCCCUUGUCUGUCGGGUGCCGCCCGGUCCUUCCAAGACCCUACGUCAUCAAAGAUCAAUGGCAACCAAAGCCAUACGUAUGAUAGCAAAUAGAGCUGUCGAACCGGUCAUCGAUCCUUCGACUGGUCGCUACGUCGUUUCACUAGAGAAUUUACGUCUCCCAAACGUUGCACGUCCACCAACUGUUGAAGCAGCGAGACGAUACAUUCCGCGUCCGGUACACACACUUCGAGAGAUGGCUGAUUCUGCUAGGAGAGGUCCUAAUGCUUCGAAUCAGUUAAAUUGGAUUGCUGGUAACCGAGUCCCAGGAGCACGAGUAUCGCGGAUAGAUCAAGCUCCACGGUACACCCUUAAUUCAACUGCAUCCAUCAGUGCUCAACAUCAGCUGUUACCGUCGACUUCGGCUAGUUCCCGAGCACCGUUGUUGAAAGAUGCCGUUGCUCCGGAAUUCCCGCAAGGACCUGGUGUUCAUCCGGGGACUACUAUGACUGCUUUACCAACAACACGAAACGACCACGUGUAUCCUCGAAGCCAUUCAAGUGGUCGUACUGCUACCCCAUCAAGUAGCUACCGACGAAGUGCUUCAAGUGGACGACCGAUAACAGCAGCAGCAGAAUCACGGCGGGUAGAUAGCAGUGCAGAUGACGACACAGAUGAAAUUAUCCAAGUCGAUGAUGACCCCGUUGUAGUCGAUGCUUCACGAACACAGUUGCAAGCACCGGCUACGACGGCUACGACGGUUACGACGGUGGCAAAGCAAACAUCAACAACGGUAGCGCAAAGAAAACAACCGCAGGCAUCAGAUCAAAACACUGCUCCAGCCAGUGCUAAAGCCUCUUCGGAAUCUCGUGAGCAAAAGGGUGAGAAGCGGAUUGUACAAGUAAGGGACGAGUUUGGGUUUUUGCGACGUUGCACAAGAUUACCGGACGGAACUCUUGUUGUUAGUAGUCGUACAGCGAAGGCUAUGACAAAACUUCGUUUACCCCCUCUUGGAGCAGAUGGAAAGGCAAUUGCAACUCAGGAGCAUACUCGUGCACCAACUGCAGGAGCCGUGUAUGCAAUGCAUUCCAUGGGUCGAAAAGAAGAAAAACGACCGGGAACACAGUCUGAGCUACAGUGGAAACGUUCCCAAGCAUCUGUGGCUCCUUGGAGUCACACACCUACAGUGGUCCCGCAAAGGCAAGGUUCCAUUGAGCGUGGUCAAGAAGGCCGAAUGGAAUCAUCCAUGAAAGUGAGAACUAAACGGAAAGAUGUUCUGUAUUCGGAUAAUAAUGAUGAUAUCAUUGUGAUAAGCGAUCAUGCACCGGAAAAGAAGGGAAGAUCUCAAAGCCGGCGCUCACGUAAUAUUGUAGCGGUUGACCAAGAUUCUGGUGUGAUGGACUAUAGGAGAAGCAGAACGCGCACGCCGAAGCUGUUGUCUCGGAUAUGUGAAGUUCCUCAAACUACCAAGACGGAAGAGCAAGAAAAGGAGGCAACUCGACGCCGGUUGAUGAAAAAAGAGGAGGAAGAUUCAGAAAAUGUGAUAAUCGAUGUUGUCACCGAAGACGCUAGGCUGUCAGAGGACAUCAAAGAGCUCAUCUCCUCUCUUCCUCCUCCUGAGCCUUCAGAAUUGGAAGAGAUGUCGCCUGGUGAACGGAAGAAAGCUGGGCGGCCACCGAAGAAGUUCCGAGGACGACUGGCUAGGCAAAAGCAAGCUAUUCGUGAUGCCGAGAUAGCCGAGAAGGUAGCAAUCAAGCAGAGAGAACUACCUGUGCUAGACUUGGCGCUGAAGGUUAUAGACGAUCCAUCAGUCGAAGUACCUGAGGAAGCCCCAAUCGUGGUGGAUACCUUGGCCACACUUGAUGCGACUUUGCUCCAUGAGGUCGGUGAAGUGCUAAAAGAAAUGGUAACCCAGGUUUCACUGGAAGAGCUCAAGCCGAGAAAAUUGGUGAGGGCACGGAAUCGUCGUUGUUGGGAACACCUACCAGGACGCGUACCAUCUAAAAGGCAGGAAUACCGUGCUCUGCAUGCACCUCCUCGAGAGCAGUCUCCACCGCCGCCACCAUCGAGAACAAAGCGUAGAGGUCGAACAUGGAAUAAACAACGGCAUAUGUUCGAUGAAAAGUCGGAGGAGCUGAGUGGUAGUGAUGUCUCCUUUGGCCCGAUUGAUUAUAGCCCAGUUUUACCAAAGGAUGCUGCUGAAUCCCGAAAAAUUGCCGAGAACACAUCAACGAUAAUUGUAACACCGGUGAAAAACGCACAGCAGGCAUCAAAGGAAAGUGUCACGUCGCUAUCGGAGCAAACAGAAUCUUUGCAAAUUUCCGGGAGAGCUGAAGCUAUUAAUGCUUCACCGAAGAGACGAUCACCGAAGGCGACAGAACGAGCGAGGCAUUCUGGCUCAAGUUCUGGGGAACGAGAAGUAACGAGCGUGAGCUGUGAUGAUGUCAAUUUGAACGAGGAGGAUCUGGUAGAUAUAAAUGUCGAUCCGUUUUUCUCAUCAACCGAAAAUUUCGACUCAUCAGCCUCAGGGGAUGAAACCGAUACACCUUCUCGAAAAAUAAAGAAGAAAUUCAAAGAACUUUUCGGGGAACCUGGCAGCUCUACUUCGCCGAGAAGGAGAAGUACUCGAACCCGUGCCACCAAUGCGAUUGCUGAGCAGAAGAAGGCUGCAAGUGUUCCAGGAUCAACGUCAAAUGUCGUCACUUCCAUCCCAUCUGUACAGGAUUAUCGUGAGCAACCUAAGGACGAAUUCACUGAUUUUGUUGAGGAGCUGGUCGCGACAACAGCCCAUCGUUUGUCGUUGGAUGAUAGUCAACGUCACGUGAAUGCUGAAGCGGUAGCUGCUCCAGCCCCAGCACAACUUGGCAAUCUGCUAGAUUCGUCGGUUGAUGUGUGUAAUAAAGUCGAAACUAUGCUCGAUGUCAUGGAGCUCUCACUUCAAGGCAGUCAAGCCGUUCCUACAUCGGAGGAUGGGAGUCUACAUGCUGGCACGCCCCAAGGUGCCUUAACUGGUGAAAAUCUCAGCUCUACGCAACAAUUCGUUAAACCUUUCGUGACAUAUCCUGACGAAAACCCCGCUGACAUUGCGCCAGGUCCGCAAACUAUUGAGGAACUGAUGGAGGAGAUCGAAGCUGAAUUUGCUGGCAUGACUUAUCCCUCACUUCCAGACGAAUACGAUACACAAACAACGAGUGCUACGGANCAAUUCCCAUCAUUGGAUCUUCAGCCUGUCAUGCGCGAACCAAUCGAAUUUGCAGAUACUGUCGAUUUUGAAGCCUGCCGUAAAGAUCAACACUAUCGCCAUCUGGUAACUAUUGCUAUUCCUGGAGCUGACGCAUAUCGCCUAUCUCUACCACAGGGGGUACAUCUUGAUUUGGUUGCUCCUGACAAGAGUGAACAGCUGAAAGAUUACUUACACGCGGAAAUCUCUUUGGCUGAUUACGGUCACAUAACAACACGGUGGAAGACUUCGUUUCGUACGAUAAGGAAACGUUUUACCAGAAGCGGGUCGCACGCCGAGGUACUAUGGAUAAUAAAUGUGCCCAAUCGUGAGAAGGCAAUGCUCAACGUCAUUGAAUCCCAUUCCUCAUUGUUCCCACAAAUCGCCGGUCUUGCCAAAGGUCAGUUGGAUGAGUACGACUUUGAAAGGGCUCGCCUAUCUGCUUCAAAAACUAUUCCACUUCCACUGCUAGAAUACUGGUCUCUCAGAGCUCUCAGUAAGCGAUCUACUGUUAGAAAAGCGCAAGCUAAAGGUGAUACAUCGCAUACAGUGUCAUGUGCCAACGUGGAUUCGGCUGCUUUGUCCGAAGUCACAACAGGUUGUGCUCUAGCUCUUGCUGACCCCACAGAUGUAGCAACAGUGCUAAAUGCAUUGAAAGAAUUCGACGCGGUGGAUCUCCAUGCAACUUGCCCAUCUAAAAAACCACCCGUUACGUUAGACCGUAUUGUGUCGCCAACACCAGAAGACACUUCUGAUGGGCUGACGGCUGAGGAAGAUAUUGAAUGGAAGAAUAUAUCGAGACUAAAACGCAUCGACCUUCAGAAAUCCUACGCCAAAUUGUCUCCCAGUGAUCUAGCCCUUCUAAAAGGUGAUGGCGUACGGUUACCACACAGUGAAGAGAGCGGUAGGGUCACAGUGGCUGCAAACGACAAAGCUGCAGAGAAGAGGGAUUCUGAAAUAGCAGCUGAUGUCUGCAAUGUCCUGGAAGGUCUCAAGGAUACGAUUAGUAAAAACGAAAUGGAAACAGCCACAAGUCUGGAAGUUCGUGAGGAUAUUCCUGUUGCAGUGCCCUCUCCUGAGGUCGAAGAAUUAACGCCGAUAGCAGUUGUGGGGGAUUUGUAUGAAGAUGUCAAGGAAUCCAGCGAACCAAUGGAAGUAACUGAAUAUUCAGCUCCGCAGCCAAGUGAAGCAGAACAGGAAAAUGAAUUGCUGGACGAGGCCGUUACAGAACGGGAGCAGGAAGAUUCUUUGCUAACCCCUCUCCCAGAAGCGAUAUUACCAUAUGAUCAAAAAGUCGCUGAAGAGUUUGUAUCGCUCGAUACUGAAUUAAUAGCUACAGAAUGCUCCAGCAGAGUAACAGAGUUCACAGUCGAACAUGUCAUUACCGUAUCCAAGAAUGUGGAAAGGUGUUCACUGGGACCUAUCCUGCGCGCCCAUAAGAAGCGUCGAAAGCGAGUGAAGAAGAAGACUGGCGAGGACUUGAUUGUGGACUACAGUACUAGCGUCGUUACCGAUAGCAAUAAAAUUUCUGAAUAUCUGCGCAGUGAAGAUACGCCUGAUAGUGGAUUUUCUGAAGCCACGUUUCUGGAGCAAUGCUAUCUACAAUCACCAGAUUUGUUUGGUAUUGGAGAAGGUACUCGGAAGAAGAAACGUAAAGUCUCGAAACCGCAAAAGUGGGGUGCUGCAGAACUGAGUCGAGGACAAGCUGACGAAUUUGCGCUUACUCCUAUUGAAAAGCGAAAACCGUGUCAGUACACGCUUCUACAAACUGAUGUCAAAGCUGCUUUGGAUCGAUUGUGGAGAAGGGAAGACCCGAAGAUAUGCCAUGGACAGUUUGGCUCGCUAGUGGAGUUAUGUAGAAGCAAAAUUAUGGAUCUCGCUCUUGGAACCAUACAUGUCGAUCAGGGCUUCAUGGCCACAGAGACCAUUGCUAUUAUGGCAUCACGACCUCGUAACCAUUUGAUCUCCGAUUUCAAUCUGACGAUGAUAAAGCCCAUGAACCCAAUUGUGAGAUGUGAAGCCGAUAUGGGUGAGUUCUUACUGGUUUUUACUGGUCCGCUGUUAGUUUCACUACAGUCUACUUCGCCUCUUCGUUUGUCUCGCCCACGAGUCGAAGGCAGUCUGGAAAAUGCAUUUGCUCAGUACGACAAAGGUGUUGACUGUAUUCUGCAGCAAGUCAGCUGUGCAAGGUCGAUCGUGGAGAACAUCCGGUCCACAACGCACUGGUCGCUUCACUUUUUGAUGGAUGCACAAUUGUUUAUGUUGGAUAUCCUUUAUGAGAUGUGGGAGUACACGGCAAGAUCUGUGCAAUUGGCGGUGUUUAACGCGUAUCAGUGCUCGCUUUGGGAGAAGCAUCAUCAAAUCUUUGAUGCCCGAAUGUAUUGCCUGCUCUUUGAAAUGAAUGCGGCAGCUGCACUUUCGGCUAAAAUCGACACUUGCUGCUCGUAUAUUAGAAGAUUCGAAGAAUGGAAUAGGAAAACAAACAACUUUUCCUCGGUGUACAACCACGUGUACGGCCUUGCCUUGUCGAUGAUCAAGCUUAUUGCUAUUCCUAACACUUUGAAACGUUUACAAUCAAUGACACAUUGGAAUUCAAAAGCCCGUUCAACGAAAUCGAGCGAAGAGAUUUUUACUAUUGAUCUGAUUCCAUUCUUUCAAGUCGGCACCUGUUCAUUCACAUCGGAUGACCUGGAAAUAGAAAAGCUUCUUGAUGGUAAAAAGUCGUUGGUUACUGAUACACUUGAACAUCUGCUGAGUUUCGAAGCAGCACAAGAUAAUAAUCGCGUGGAUUCGUUCUCGUUUCUGUUUCCCUCGCAUUCUGUUGUGAAGCUGUGCCAGUCCCAGAUUCAAAAAGAAGUGUCGUCGUACUACAACAAACACUUGGAUGAUGUAAUGCAUUUGGAUCAUCACCAACUGUCUAUGCUAUCUCCCAUUGCUCGGGCUUAUAUUUUGUCACGUAUUCACGAAGCUCGUGCCAAAUCCUUGAUGCGGAAUAAUAUCAUGAAUCUCGACAAGCUUAUCGGAAAGCUGAACAUCGCGUUCGACGAGCUCUCGAAAAACGUAGAAGAGAUGAACCAAGCAGAAUUCGACUAUCCUUGUGGCCAAGUGGUUUUCGAUUAUUCUGGUGGCAAGGUGAACGUGUGCAUUAACACUGUUGAAAAUGAAAGUGCUGAAACACCAGGCCCGGAUCUAAUCGAUGAAGCACGUCGUCUGAUGGGAGAUGCUGUCAAGAACACGGUGUUCCAUCCAAGUACCCCUGUAGCUGAAGAAAAGGAGGACAUGGUAAUGAAAAGCGACCGUAUACAAAAAUCUGUUGAUUUGGUGAAGAAUUGGGUGAUGACGAUUCCGUCCACUUACGAUGAAGUCCAAAAUGAUUCGAAGAGCAGAGAUACAGUCGAAGAUUAUACGGAAAUCACAUAUCCGAGCAGUCCCGCUAGAAUUACUGUGAUAGACGACGAGGAUGACGAUGAAGAGGAUGAAUCUGCAUCACCAAUUCCGAAAAAGAAGAGAAAGCAGUCAAAGUCUGACACAGUUACAACGACCAUAGCUGGACGUAAAAUUUGGUAUAAUAUCGAUACGGAGCAAGGAAUACUGAAAAUGAAGUCUGUGGAUUCUAAUGUAACCGAUGCAUCAACAGACUGUCUAACAGCAACAAAUACCAUCACCACAGCAUCAUUCAAUUCAUUCGAUCAAAUCGAAACUUUGAAGAUCAUCAGGUCCCCAGAAACUGGUGAGCUCGACUGGAUAGCAAUGAUUGAGAAUGCUCUGGAAGCAGCUCCUCCACCGGAAACCCUACCAGGCUUCUUGCAGAAGAAUGAGCCUCUUGAGUACCAGACCAUUGAUAUAAUGAAAGCUCAUGAGUAUGCGAACCACUUUGUGAGGGAUACAGACAUUAAUGGGGAGUUCCUCGACCUUCGGAAACAGACGCGAGAAAAGAUUCGCCAGUUCCAGCUCGUUGAUUAUUUCGAACGCAAAAGGAAUGCCAGGUUCGAAGCGAUUAGCAGUAAUAAAUCACUUGAAAUGCCUCGUCCUGGUCCGGAUGAACGUGAUAAGAUCCCAAUGUAUGCAAUAUGGUUGCGUGAUGUGUUACAGUACGCUGAGAUAGAAAAGAAGAGGUUAACUGCACUAAAACCCAUCAACAAUAUUGGUCGUUGUCGAGCGGCUCGUUCGGAAAUGAUCCGAGAGUUUAAUCUUCCAAUCAAACGAAGGAAAAGAUCCACAUCAUCACCUUCAUGGUUAGGACGCACUAUUUAUGACCAUUUUGGAGAGUUCUUCUCUUUGGGAAUGGCCCGACUCGAGUAUGAAGUUGCUGGUCGCAACAUGCAUGAGGAAGGUCAAGUUGGUACUCAUGAUGAUACCAUCACACACUAUUUCGUGAGUAGGAACAAUUCUCCAUCGACGAUGAUUGAUCCGUUAGAUUUAUUGGAGGAUCCAUACGCGUAUUUCCGUCCUACGCCAACUAAACGCAAGCGAACGGUUUCGCCAUUGGUGGAAAGUUCGUUAGUGAAGCGACUACACAUGUCAGAUCCGCCUGUUUUUGCCCCAUUUGCGAUAGUGGAUGAACCCGAAACCCUGUACCCACCAUGUUGUUCCGAUUAUGAUUCGAGUGAUGAGGAUGAGUAG